UUUACAGGCAGCUAUAGUCUUAAGGAAGCUGAUGGUACCACCCGUGUUGUAGAAUAUUCUGCCGAUAAACACAAAGGUUUCAAUGCUGUUGUCCAUACAUUGGGUCAUGCUUCUGGUGGUCAUGAUGCUGGUCACUAUUAUGGUCAUGGUAAUCAUUAUGGUCAUGGUUACGGUCAUGGAUACGGACAUGGUUAUGGUCAAGCCUCAAGCUAUAUUUUUGUUAAGAAACAAGAAGGAAAGAAAUAUUAAUGAAAACUAAAAGGAAAUUGAAAUGUUGAUUGAAAGUGUUUUUAUGCGAGUACAAUAACGAUUAAUAAAUGCAAAUAAAAUGAAAGGGAAUGUUGUUUUUUUCUAACAUAAAAUAAAACAAGUAAGAAAUUAUAGUCGGACGAGGCCGACCGUAUGAUACCCUG